UUUAAGGGCAGGGGCUCGCCGGGGCGGCCAUUUUGGAAGCCAUCCUGCGCAGGCGCAGUCCGCUGCGUGCCCUUCCUUCCUUGAGCCCCUUCCUCGCGUGUCCUUGGCUUCUCUGAGUCUGGAGUCAUGGGCCUCGGGGGGCAGAGUGCAGUCAGGGUUGAAUGGGUUGUAGCAGUCUCAUUUGCGGCAGGUGCAGCAGCGAUUGGGUAUCUUGCUUACAAAAAAUUCUUCAGCAAGGACAGAUGCUGUAAUGGGAUGGUAAACCUCCAUAUUCAGAAAGAUAAUCCAAAAGUAGUUCAUGCAUUUGAUAUGGAAGAUUUGGGGGACAAAGCUGUAUAUUGCCGGUGUUGGAGGUCUAAGAAGUUCCCACUAUGCGAUGGUUCUCACACAAAGCAUAAUGAUGAAACAGGAGACAACGUGGGACCUCUCAUCAUCAAGAAAAAAGAUGCUUAAAGAAAGCAAAUGAUCUGGAUACAUGAAAACAGCCUUGUUGCAGUGCUUUCUGCUCACUUGUAACUCUAAAGGUUACAGGUCUUAAGUCAUUUCACUGAAGACUUUUAAGAUGUGGUAUACAGUAUUCUGCAGCACAUGUAAUUCAUGUUGUUUGCCUUGCUUAAAACACUACAUGUUAGGAAUUAAUACCUGCAACUUACUGAUUUUGUCUUUAAUGUGUACAUUCUCAUUAAGUGUAAAAAUAAUUCAACAGCCUUUUAGAAUGUACUCUGAAGUAUGUAUUUGAAUGAUACAUUAAAUUAUUUUCAAAUA